GAGGCAGCAGUGUGCCGCAGAGCCCGUGAGGCUCCCGGAAAUGAAGCCGCAGACGAGGGGCUGUGCCGUAAAUGGAAAGUGAAAAACGUUGUUGCGCGGCUCUGUUUCAUGGGGGUGACUGAUAUCAGGCGUCUUUCACAGAGUGUGAGCAGCUGCUGAGGGGGGGGCAGACUCGCCUGUCAGGACAACUGAAGAAGAAGAAGGCGGAGGAGGAGGAUGGCCGGCUUUUUGGAUAACUUCCGCUGGCCUGAGUGUGAAUGCAUCGACUGGGGCGAGAGGAGGAAUGCCGUGGCCUCCAUCGUGGCCGGAGUUCUGUUCUUCACCGGCUGGUGGAUCAUGAUCGACGCCGCUGUGGCGUAUCCAACCCAGGAGCAGAUGAACCACGCCUUCCACACCUGUGGCGUCUUUUCCACCAUCGCUUUCUUCAUGAUUAAUGCAGUUUCCAACGGCCAGGUGAGGGGGGACACGUACGGAGAAGGCUGUAUGGGCCGGACAGGAGCUCGUCUCUGGCUCUUCAUCGGCUUCAUGAUGAUGUUCGGCUCGCUCAUCGGCUCCAUCUGGAUCCUGUUUGGAGGCUACGUAGUGCCGAAGAAAGAAGUGGCUCCGGGGAUGGCUGUGUUCUUUCAGAACGCCUUCAUCUUUUUUAGCACUCUGAUCUACAAGUUUGGCCGCACUGAAGAUUUAUGGGGUUAAGACGUCUCUACAGACAGACACACACACACACACACACACACACACACACACACACACGUGUAUUUAUAUCCUUGUGGGGACAUCUCAUUGACAUAAUGCUUUCCCUAGCCGUUUACCCUAACCAUCAAAAAUGAACGCCUGACCCUAAACCAAAUCAUAACCUAGUUGAGUCUAAAAAAUGCCCUCAAACUGGGGCCCGGUAUUUUGGUCCCCAUGAGGGCUGUUUGUCCCCACAAAUAUAGUAUACUACCAAAUGUUGGUCCCCAUUAAGAUGUUAAUACCCGUGCGCGCACACACACACACACACACACACACACACACACACGGCCUUCAGAUGUUUUGUAUUCUGCUGUUUUAAUCGAAGCUGUAAAAACAGUUUUAGUAUUGUUGCUUUUUAAAUGGAGACCAAUCAGUGCUGCUGCACACACACACACACACACGUGUAAAUAUAGUUCUGUUAUGUUUCACUUCUCUGUGUCAGUCUCAGUGUGUUUUGUAAAAUGAGGGAAUUCCUGCUGGCGGGCAGGACCGCCGGUCUUACUGUUAAAGUGUCACUCUGGGAGAUUUCAGCCUCACUUCCUGUUGAUUAAAUGCUAAAGGUCACAUGUUAGCCGUAAACAGCUGGAUGUGAGACUCGCCUCUCGCUCUGACGAGAAGCCGUAAACAAAUAGCCGAGCAACCGGCCCCGUCCUGCUGUGGUUGGAUGUAGCACAGUCGAGCGGAGCGAUGUGUAGCCGCCACAGGACGGAUGCUAACCUGUUAGCCACAGGUGACACACACACGUUUCACCUCGUCCAUCAGGUCACGCUCACUCUGGACCGUUUUAGAUAAAAAAAAUUUUUUUUACCUCAGACUGUACCUGAUUGGUUUCCAGAUUGUACUUCCUGUGACUCCUCCAAAUUAAAAGUCUGUGAUUGUUACAUGUAUUUUUAAUGAAAAUCUUCCAGGCUGACACUUCAAGGGGGCGGGGCUAAUUUAUAGCUGAAAGCACAUUUGCUGUCUCGUCUCCGUCUGACACUGGAUUAUAAAAGGACGUUUUUUGUUCCUGAACUUCCUGUUUGUGACUACAAUGUGUGUUGAUGAUUUUUCAGUAUUAAAGUUUAAAAUCUCGGCUGCUUCAGUCGUUCCUGAAACAAUAAAAAGUGUUGUGGGCGUGGCUGUGA